UUUAUUGUAGACCUUAGCUUUAAAUGCACCGAUGAGUUUGUUGUGUAGAGCUGUGUUAUCGCUUCGCUAUAUUAGAGUACCAAUGGCUCGCAACGCAUCAACAGCUUUCCUCAUAGAGGACCCGAAGUACUCGUUUUUGAAGGAUUUAGGUUUAAAAGAAAACAAUGUUGGAGUUUUUAACGGAAAAUGGAAAGCAAACGGCGAGGUAAUUAAGUCUUAUAGUCCGGCAAAUGGCAAAGUGAUAGCAGAAGUGCAAGCGGGCAGCGCAGCCGAUUAUGAGGCGUGCGCCAGUGCGGCACAGGAAGCGUGGCAUGCGUGGGCGGAACUGCCCGCGCCUGCAAGAGGCGAGGUCGUUAGACAAAUCGGAGAUGCUCUAAGGGAAAACCUUCAGCCACUUGGAAAGCUAGUGUCAUUAGAAAUGGGUAAAAUCCUGCCAGAAGCUAUCGGCGAAGUGAUCGAGUAUAUUCACGUGUGUGACUUAGCUUUGGGUCUGUCCCGCACACUCCCCGGUACUGUGUUCCCGUCAGAGCGUCCCGGACACGUCCUGAUCGAAAAAUGGAACCCGCUUGGUGUUGUUGGCAUCAUAACAGCCUUCAACUUUCCUGUGGCUGUUUUUGGAUGGAAUAGCGCUAUCGCUAUGGUUUGUGGUGACGCAACUGUUUGGAAACCAUCAGAAACAACACCGCUCGUAGCCGUGGCUGUGACUAAAAUUGUAGAAAGUGUGCUGCAGAAGAACAACAUACCUGGUGCCAUCGCAUCACUGUGCGUCGGUGGUAAAGGUAUCGGAGAGAAGUUGGUUAAAGACGAAAGAAUGAAACUUGUUUCCUUCACGGGCAGUACCACAGUUGGUCAACAAGUCGGAGUGGAAGUUCAGAAACGUUUCGGACGUCAUUUAUUAGAGCUGGGUGGAAACAACGCUAUUAUUGUUAACGAAGACGCAAACUUGGAGCUAUUUUUAUCCGCUGCACUUUUCGCUUGCGCUGGCACCGCUGGACAGCGUUGUACUACUACUAGAAGACUUCUAAUCCACAAAAAGUUGUAUAGCGAAGUAGUAAGCCGGCUGAAGAAAGCGUACGCAGGAGUGGUGAGCAGGAUCGGCGACCCGCUACUAGAAGAGACCCUGAUAGGGCCACUGCACACGCCCGCGGCCGUUGACGCUUACAAGAAGACCGUGGCCGAAGCUGUCAAACUUGGUGGCAAAAUCGAGUUUGGUGGGAAGAUAAUUGAACGUGAAGGUUACUUCGUGGAGCCGACCAUAAUCACAGGUCUGCCACACGACUCUCCCAUUGUGAAGACGGAAUGCUUCGCCCCCAUCGUCUACUGCAUCGAGAUACCAGAUCUUGAGACUGGGAUCCAAUACAACAACGAGGUCGAACAAGGCCUCUCCUCCAGUCUAUUCACGGAGAACUUGGGGGAUGUUUUCAAGUGGAUCGGUCCUCACGGGUCGGAUUGCGGCAUCGUGAACGUGAACAUCCCGACGAACGGCGCGGAGGUGGGCGGCGCGUUCGGCGGCGAGAAGGCGACGGGCGGCGGCCGGGAGUGCGGCUCCGACAGCUGGAAGAACUACAUGCGCCGCGCGACCGUCACCAUCAAUUACUCCGGAGCCAUCAAGCUAGCGCAAAACAUCAAGUUCGGUGACCAGUGAAACGGUACCCGUUCUACAAAUCGAUCCAACGUUCAUUUCAUUGCCUUCCAAAUAUGAUUUUAUACUGGGUGUUAGGAGACCGCUUCCGAAAACGAAGACAAACGAUAGUACUAAUGACACCUUUGAAGAUAGUUAUUUAGACAAAUGUUGUAAAUGAGUAUUAGUGCGAUCGCGCGAGUCAGCGCCCGUGCGUUCGUUGAUCCGAGCAUCAGCUGUUUUUGAUUUAGUAUUUCAUUGCUGGUAUUUUUUUUAAAUAAAGUAAUGUAUUUUUUAUGAAACUAUCAUUUCAUUUAGCAGUACUAACAUGAUGGAGCGUACAUAAUGCUAAUAAAACGUUUUAAAAAUAUGAUUUUUUUUUUAAAUCACGAUCGAUUUUUCUUGUAUGUUCCAUCAUCAAAGGUGUCAUUAGUACUAACCUUGCUUCGUUUUCAGAAGCGGACUCCUAACACUCAGUAUAUUACGACUGAUUUACGGAAGUAGUUUCCCUAAGUAAUGCGAACGGGAUUGAUGUUACGAGAGAGCUACUAAGGUCUUCAACUAUUCACAAUAUAACAAAAGCUCUCAUUAAUUAGGCCAUAAUAAAGAAGACAUGAUUCGUCACCUUGUUUUCAUAUUGUAAAACUCGUAACAUUACUGAGAAACUCCUAAUGUGAAUCAGGCCUAAAACAAAAUGGCGUAUUUCAUCAGAAUCGCGUUUUAUUUACAUUUCUCUUAACUAUAUUUUUAAGACUGAUUUUAAGGUUUCAAUAAAUGACACCGCCUUAAAUAAAA